GUUCCUCUUCUACGUCUGAUUUCAUCAUGAAGCUCCUCGCUGUAGUUCUCCUUCUGCUUCCACUCUCAGGCUGUCUGGCUGAAGUCGUGCCUGAUUUCACUGUAAACUGUUCACAAUUCUUCGUUAACCCGUUCGGAAUUGUAUCUCCUCCUACGACGUUUAUUGAUGAGAAUCAUGAUCGCUAUAAACUGAUCUGUCAAACUCUAAACAAUAAAAUUGAAUUUGCAACAUAUUAUGACAUGAAGAACAAGAUCCCUGUUUACUCAGCCUACAGGUUUGAAGGUCUGGGGAACUGUGAUGUACAGAACAGCUGGUUUAUUGAACCUCAGCUGGACUCUCCAAUGCGUGGAGGAAAGAACAUGGGACAUGAGGCCGGUGUGCGAAAUUGUGGAGCUAAUCAGGCUCUGAAUUCUGAUUAUGAUGAUGUAAAAGAAAACGAUGUGAAUAAAUAUGAUAGAGGUCACCUGGCUCCAGUUUACUGUGCCAAAACCCAGAGCUGUGCCAAUGCCACCUUCACCCUGACCAACGCUGCUCCACAGAACCCCAGGUUCACCCGCGGCUGGUGGAGGACAACAGAGAGGAACCUGGCGAAUUUCUUGAAUACACACUGCAUUAAAGCGGGCCUGCGUGCGUACGUAGUGACUGGGGUCGUGCCAGGUAACACUGACAUGAAUGGAAGAGUGCGAGUUCCCAGUCAUUACUGGACGGCGUUCUGCUGCCUGGAUAACAGGAAUAAUCACAGACACUCAGGUGGGUAUGUCGGAGAGAAUAUAGAGCAGGGUAAAGAGCCACAGCGGAUCAAAAGGCGGGAUCUUGAGAUGAGAUUACGUAAUUUGUACAGGACAGUUUUCACUCUGUUCGGUGGUGGAUGUUAGAUGCAGAACCUCAGGAAGAGUUUUAACUAAAUAAAGGUGAUGUUUUUAAAAAAUCACUAACAACAAAAGGAAAAAAAGAAGGAUUUUAGCUGAGUGAGUCGGUGCAGUACCUCCUCCUGUUUCAAACUGAGUGUGUUUAAUGUUUUCAGCAUCUGUCCUGUAUGUUUCAGAUUUAAUGUAAUCUAAUAUCAGAGUCAGACAGCAGUAAGGUGUUCCUUACAUAUUUUAAAUAUUUGAAUCAAAUCGUCUUCUGUGACUGAAUCAGAUCAAAUCCUUCAUCACUUGUCGUUAAACUGUCCUUUG